CACUUAGACGCAGAUCAACGUCGCCAUGGAUGAAAGGCAGAUGAUUCUGGUCGUUCUCUUUGGACUUUUUUCCUGGAAUCUCUGCUCCAUUUCUGCUUCAAUGCUGGAGACGAUUGUUCGACCUGGAGACAACAUCACCCUCUAUUGCGACUGCAGGUCGUCCACUGAAGAAAAUAUAUUCUGGUUUAGAAACUGCUCCCAUCAACACCAACUUAGGAUGGAGGCACUUAAAAGCUAUGGGGAAAACUUAUAUCCUCGUUUUAAAUUUUUAAAGAAUCAGUCGUCCGACUCGUAUGACCUGCUGAUCAUAAACGUCACUGAUUCUGAUGAAGGACUUUAUUACUGUGGAACAUUUGAAAAUAAGGUGGAGAAAGACAAAAAUGGAAAAAGUUCCUCUAACUACGACUACGUCUAUGGAAACAUCAGCACAAGGAUCACACUCUAUGCAGGGUCUGGUUUCCUGCAUCAGAACAUUUCCAGGCCAGUGGAGGAGUGCGGUUUGUGCUGGAAGCUGCUGUUCUCUGUCUGUCCUGCUGUUUCUCUGCUCUCAGCUCUCUUCUCCUCACUGCUGGUCUACCUGCUUUGCCAGAAGAAAGCAAACAAUGAAGCUGAAAAUAAGAGAUGUGACAUUUCAAGACAAACUGAAGGAGCUCAGGAUGAAAAUGUUUGUUACGCUGCCCUGGAAAUCCAUCCGCCAUCACAGAGGACGAAGAGGAAGAGGACGAUCCAAAGUACAGAUUUCAGUACAUACUCUGCCAUCAAGACAUGAGGAGAUUCAUAUUUAACACAGAAGUUAAACAGUAAUAAAGGAGUCCUUAGAGUUUUAUUUCCUUUUAUUAACUUCCUCUCAAACUAAAGAAAAAAUCUUUAAACCCUCAUCUCUCUUCUUUUCAGACAGCUUUGUCUUAUUUUUAUUUACAUCUCUGUUCAUCAGUAAAGCUCUUUUCAGUUAAAUGUCUAACUUUCAUCAUGGACGCCUUGAGCUCCUCACUGAGACAGCUUAGUCAAAAACAGCAGUUAGCCUCCGACACGCCGUACCCUACUACUCUAAUACUGGUUCUAUAUUUCACUUUACAGAAGCUCUAGUUACACAUGCAUCUUUUUUUUUCGCUUGUUUUACAUUAAAGUAUAUUUUCAAACAUUUUCACUGGCAUUUAUUAAACUCAAAUUGAAUUUGUUAAACUUUUGAAUUAUGUAACAUCAGACUGUGUGACUAUUUUUUCUUUUACAGCCAGCUCUCUACU